AUGUUCGUUCCGGCCUACAAGAUCGCCAUGACAGCCAAGGUCGUCUUCACAGCAGCCGCGAGCUUCACGAGACUCUCUCUGCAUUGCUUCUACUACCGCUUGGUCACAGACUCGGGGAAGACAUGGUUCAAGUGGGCUGUCCAUGUCAAUGUUGCCUACACACUCGGCAUCUUGAUAUCGUUUCCCUUCGUCGCCAUCUUCUUCUGCACCCCCAUCAAGAACUACUGGACCAUCGGCGCACCGGCAGACACCUGCAUGGAUGAGGGGACUGCGACUCUCAUUUGCGGAAUUAUCAACUGUGUCGCGGAUUUUCUUACUACCCUAACACCAAUACCUUUGGUCAUGGGCCUUCACAUGCGUCUGCGUGAGCGCAUGGCUGUCGCCGCGCUAUUCGGUAUGGGGCUAAUUGUCUCUGCUGCUGGUAUUGUGCGUACCUGGUUCAUCUAUCGGAGUCUCUUUAACAACGAGUACGACCAAACCUGGUACGCAUAUCCAUUGUGGAUUGCGGCCGCUGUGGAGAUAGACUUGGGUGUAAUAUGCGCCUCGGCCCCAGUACUAAAACCUCUCCUCGCGAAGAUCCCCUUCAGUCUAUCGCAAUCCCUCUCAGGUGGCAUAUCCUUCAAGAAGAGCGCGCACUCCUCAAAGACGCUAACCGCCAAUGCAUCAGCGUCGCAUUCCUCCACGAACAGGAAAUCCACAGCACCGCGCAAUGCGCCAGAACUCGCAAACGACAAGGGCAACAGCUAUGAGAUGAAACACUGGGCGGACACAGAACAGGAUCUGGAGCGAGGGAGCCAGGAAGCUAUCCUGGAAGAGGAGGAAGCUCCCAAAACGGGGAUGUCGCGCCUGUGGGGCAAGGUCCGCCCGAAAAGCAACAAUGGAAACAUGACUACGGACACCGACAUGACGAUCACUUUGACCAGCGAAGUGGAACUACAAGUCGAGCGCAUGAAACAACGGCCGGCGCGGUACGAGACACACGGUGACCUCCACGAGAACCACAUGCCAUUACCACCGUUAGCACCGCGAUCCAGCGGACACGACCGGUGA